UCCAUUCAGUUCUGGUGGUGAAGUUAUUACCUAUACAUGGAUUAAUGAGAAAUUCAAACUGUGUUUUAUUGAAUAGGAAAUUUUAUGAAGCUUAUGGGAAUGGUCCAAAAGCCUUUGAACUGUCACAAUUAAACUUUAAAUCCACCUGCCAAAGGUUUGUUGAGAAAUUUAUUGAACUGGAUAAAGAAGGAAAAACUGAGCCAGAAAAAUUGUUUGAAGAAACAGGAAAUCAGCUUUUAGCAGAGGGGAUCAUUCUACGAAGAAAAGGAACAGCAAAUGUAGCACAACAGACUCUUCAAAAGACCAAAACCAGUGAUCUUGGGUUAGAAAUGAAUCUUCAAACCAUGUUCGAGGCAAAAGAGAGGCAGCAACGGAAGCAAGACCAGGAGGAGGAGCAUCUUGAAUCAGCUGACGUGCAGAAGGAAAAUCCUUUGUCCUAAGAGUUCUACGUUUCUCAGCUCUAUUGUCUUGGCUUGUGUUGUAACAUAAUGUUACAUGUUUAUGGCCUCGGAACUGUUGAAUGCCAGUGGUCCAAACUCUAUAAACCCUUUCAUGACAAGAUAUUUACCCAUGGGAGACGUGAUCUAGUCCAGCAGCGAUGCCUUCUGUAACCCUGUGCAAGGCACUUAACGCUUCUGCCUCAAUUUCUCCAUUUGUUAAAUGGCAAUAAUUUUUUGUUACAAAGGUCCUGAGAUUUAUUUUCAUGAAUUGUGUUUUGUGAUGAAAAAAUGCAUGAGAGAUAAUGAAACAAUUAGCAAUUUUAAUUAACGUUUAAUUAAACUUUAAGUGUGUCAUUUCUUUGUGAUGGGGCUUAUCUUCUCUCACAAGAUAGGGUGAAUGGUUUUGUGAUUUGACUCAUCAUUAUUAAAUAAAAAUUCUUGGCUUACUAUAGAAAUGGUGUAUGCUAUAUAGCAUCACCUGCUGUAAUACCUGCAUGAAA